AUGGCUAAUGACAAAGUCCAUGAUCUCCUAGUUAAGUUUGGUGGUCACAUACAUGUUGUGAAAGGGAUACAUCCAAAUGGUUAUCGUUUUUUGGAGUUGUACUCAACUGCUUAUGCAUUUGUGCUUAAACAUGAAUAUAAUCAGACUGGUUUAGCAUUGAAUAUGUUUUAUGAAUUUUCUGAGGAUAGUGGCAGAAUGAGAUUAAAUGGGGAUGAUGAUCUUAUCAUAAUGUUUGAAAUGAACUCAGAUGUUAAGGAGAUAGAUAUAAUUGUUGAGAUUGGUGAUAAGGAUGAUCUAAUUGAUUUAGACAAUUAUAUGGACCCAAUGGUACCUGAAAAUCCUGUGGGGGAAGAUGAUAGUGACUCUGAAAAUAAAACUGAUUACAGUUUCUCAGACAGUGAUGAUGAGGAGUGGAAUGAGGGAGAAUGGGGACAUGAUGAGGGACAAGAGGCACAUGAUUGGGCUAAUAUUGAAUUAGAAAUGGAAAGUCCUGAUAACAGUUGUGGUGAAUUAUCUGAUUAUAGUGACACUGCUGAUUUUAUUGGAGAAAGUGAUGAUGAAAGACCAGUUAAUGUGCAUAAACACGUUAAGGGGAUAUUGUUCAAGUAUGGUGAUCAUGGUGAGAUUAAAUUUGUGAUGGAUCAUUUGUUUGAUGACAUUAAACAUUUUAGGACUGUGUUAAAGGACUUUGCAGUUCAAAAAGGUUUCAAAUUGGUGAUGGUGAAGAAUGAGAGGACUAGAGUAACUAGUAAGUGUGGGAACCCAGGUUGUGAAUGGAGAAUCCAUGCAACUCUACAAGUAGAUAAUAGCACCUUUAAGGUUACUUCACUUGGUCCAGAACACACUUGCAUUAGAACCACUAAGAACAAGGUGGUUACUUCUACAUACAUAGCAAACAAACUUGAAAAGGCAUUCAGACAUCAACCUGACAUCAAUUUAGAUAAGUUGGAACAAGAAGUAAGAGAUCAAUUUAAGGUGGAAGUGAGUGAGAAAUGCUUGAGAAGAGCUAAAAAUAAAGCUUUACAAAGUAGUGAUGGAACCCAUUCAGCUUCGUAUUCUAAACUGUGGCAAUAUGCAGCUGAGAUUCAAAAAACAAAUCCUGGGAGUUUGGUGUUUAUAAAACAUUCACAAGAUGAUGAACCAAGGUUUUUUAGGAUGUUUAUAUCAUUUGCAUCAGUGUUAAAUGGCUUCAGGGAUGGCUGCAGACCAUUUAUUGGUCUAGAUGGUUGUUUUUUGAAAGGCCCCUUUGGUGGUAUUUUAAUUACUGGAAUAGGGCUUGAUGGGAAUAAUGGGUUAUACCCAUUUGCAUAUGCAGUAGUGGAGUCUGAAAGAAAAGAAAGUUGGAAAUGGUUUUUGGAACACCUCCACAAAAUCACAGGUGACACGUGUGGAAAUAUGGCUUGGGUAAUUAUGACUGAUGGUCAAAAGGGCAUACUUCCAGCUGUGGAUGAAGUAUAUCCUUAUGCUUUCAAUAGGAGGUGUUGUAGGCAUAUUUAUGCCAAUUUUAGGACAAUAUAUCCUGGGGUUAAGUAUAGAAAACUGUUUUGGAUGGCAGCUAGGGCCUAUACUGAGUUGGAAUUCAACAAAGCAAUGACAAAGAUACAAAGUAGCAGUCUACAAGCAUGGCAGUGGUUGAUGAAUCAUCCACUUGAAACAUGGGCAAGACAUAAGUUUGAUGAGAGACAGAAAUGUGAUUUUUUGACAAAUAAUGCAGUUGAAUCAUUCAAUUUAUGGCUUAAGAGGGUGAGGGCAAAACCUAUAACUGCUAUGUUUGAGGGUAUAUGA